AUGGAGCUUCUGUCGGCGGUUUUCUUGUUAUUUCUGGUGUUUUCUGGUGCAGCGGCAGAUGAUCCGACAGUUGAUGUAACUGUAACGACUCCAAGUGGUGCAGCCACUAUUCGAGGAUACAAACACCCUUAUGGAACAUCUUUCCGUGGAGUCCGAUAUGCUCAAGCUCCACUCGGUUCUCUCCGCUUCGCCGAAGCUCAACGUUUCGACCCAGCAGGUCUUGUGACCGCACUAGCCUACGGUAAACCUUGCGUUCAAGGAGACGGAAAAUAUUCAUCAGAAGACUGCCUCUUCAUCAACGUCUUCACCCCAAAUAAUGUCACGGCAUCAUCAAAACUUCCGGUCUACGUGUACAUUCAUGGCGGUGGUUUUAUUGAGGGCAGUGGAGAUAUGGGAGCGGGAAUUUACCCAAAUUUGGUUUACAAGGGACCGAUUGUGAUGGUGUCGAUGAAUUAUAGAUUGGGACCGUUUGGUUUCUUCUCCACUCGUGAUGCAAUGGCUCCAGGAAAUUGGGCGAUUUCUGACUGGAUUGAAGGUCUGAACUGGGUGCAGAGAUAUAUCUCGUUUUUCGGAGGAGAUCCAACCAGAGUUACGAUCGGAGGACAAAGUUCCGGAGCUGAAGCGGUUUCAACUUUGACUUUGACACCACUUGCUAAAUCAUUAUUCAAACAAUCCAUUCACGAAUCCGGCAGUGCGUUCGGCGCAGCCGUCAUGUCGUAUUCCGAAAAAACGCGUUCCACCAGCAGGCAGCUGUCGGUGAAAUUGGGCUGCGCAACUGCCGAUCAAUGGAAUAAUGGGCAGAAUUUUGGACCAAUUCUCAAUUGCCUUCGCGGCCUGACAUACGACAAGAUUGUCACGGCAGAUAACUCGCUGCCAGGACACCGAAUGAAAUGGUCGAUUGUUCAAGACAAAAAGUACCUGACGCAACGUCUGGAGUACCUCGCACUUCAGCGUGACCCGACCAAAAAUGUUCUAAUUGGAGAUGUACAUGACGAGUGGCUAGGGUGGGAAAUGAAUAACGUCCUGCAUAACCUGAACAGCACUCACAACACCGGACAACAAAUUAAAUAUGAUUUGAAGGACUGUUAUGAAAUGACAUAUUGGGAUAACCCAACAUCAGUCUCCGUAGCCGCAAAUAACAAAUACGUGAAUAACCAAGGAUGGUCAGAGGACGACCAUAGAGAUUGGGAAGCCAGAAGAAUCCAGUUGUGGAGUGAAAUGGUGUUCAUUGGUCCAACACUAAGAGACGCUGCGUAUUUCCAAUACAUGAAGAAUAAUGUGUACCUGUACUCCUUGGAUUGGCUGAGUCCACCAGCACUUCCGCAAGUCACCGAUCCCUUAUUCCGUGGAUGUGAGCACACUUGGGAGCUUCAAUACAUCUUCUCCACAACAUGCAAUGGUUUUACGUGCACCCAACAGGAUGAGAUUUUGAGAGAUUAUUUUACAACGACUUGGGUAAACUUUAUCAAAGGAGGAAACCCUACCCCAGCUGGAAGUCCACUCCCAUUCAAAUGGCUUGCUAUGGAUAAAACCAACCGAUUCCUCUCGUUCUCACCAAAUCCAAAAAUGCAACCAAGUUACCAUCCGGACUCAAUGUUCUGGGUGUGCACUGCUCCAACUAUUGAUGGUUACAAAGGCCCAUUCUGUUAG